GUUUAAUAGGGAAAUCCUGCUGAUAAACCACAGUGCCUUGUGAUCAAGAAGAGUGGGAGUUCAUGAUAGACUUCCAAGCACUUUAAACUUAAGCUGUGUGUAAGACACUCGCUAAUGUAGCUGAGUUUCACAAAUGGCAGGAGCAAUUGGAAAACGGUUUGUUUGUCAAAUAAAUGUUUUAGCCCUUAUGUUAUACACAGCUCUGCUCAGUAAGUCAUGUGCUAUAAACUUAGACGUAAAAAAGCCUACUAUAUACUCAGGACCUGAAGGAAGUUAUUUUGGAUUUUCUGUGGAUUUUUAUCUACCAGCCAUAGGGAAUGCCAGUAUUGUCGUGGGGGCUCCCAAGACAAACACAAGCCAGCCUGGUGUGACUGAAAGUGGAGCCGUGUUCCUCUGCCCCUGGUCAGAGAACGGGGGUCUGUGUGACAUCAUGCCAUUCAAUACCAAAAGUGACCAGGAAUAUGAGUAUGGGGGUGGCAUGGUGAUUCUGAAGACUAACCAAUCAAAUCAGUGGUUGGGGGCGACAGUCAGGUCAGACAGUAAUUACAUUGUGGCUUGUGCUCCCUACUUCAAGUGGAACGUUGUUGAGGGUCAGGAUGAGUCAGGAACAACCCCCGUUGGAAACUGCCAUGUUGCAGCCAUGUCUUUUGGCACCUAUGCAGAAUAUUCCCCUUGCCGUUCGUACAAAACUGAGCAGUACUACAAAGAUCGCGGUUACAACGGGGACCGGCGGUUCUGUGAAACUGGAUUUAGCUCUGACAUAACCAAGGAUGGGAAGAUCGUUCUUGGUGCACCAGGAGCGUUUUACUUUAUGGGCCAGGCCAUAGCAGCAAACAUACCAAAAGUCUUUGAAAGCCAAAUCAACAGGGGACCAAUAGUUAAUGUAGCAGGGGAAACUAAAACUGCUGAAGAUCAGUACGGUGAAUAUGAUGGUUACCGAGGUUACUCUGUCGCUGUGGGAGAGUUUACCGGAGACUCUGUCCCAGACUAUGUGGUAGGAACCCCUAAUGGAAGAAACACAGCUGGCACUGUCAAAAUCUAUAAUGGACAAUCAACAUAUACAUUAUCAUCAGUCCAUAGUUUUUUUGGAACACAGAUAACAGCCUACUUUGGGCAUACAGUUGCUGUAACUGACAUCAACAAUGAUGGCAAGGAUGACGUUUUGAUUGGUGCUCCCCUCUUCAUGGAACGAUGGCCUGACAACAAGUUGCACCAGGUGGGACAGGUGUACCUGUUCCUGCAGAGGGAGGGCUCAGCCUUUUCUCCCAAGCCAGACCUGACACUCACCGGAAGGGAUGUGUAUGGAAGGUUUGGGAGUGCUAUAGCCACACUUGGAGACAUAGAUCAAGAUGGUUAUAAUGACAUUGCAGUGGGAGCUCCCUAUUCUGGCAGUGAAGGAAGAGUGUUCAUUUUCACUGGUCAAAGUGAUGGAGUGAAUCCUCAGUACACCCAGGUCCUGGAAAGCCCUUUCCCCAAACAAAGCACCUCUGCAGCCUUUGGGUUUUCCCUUAGAGGGGGGUCAGAUAUUGACUCCAAUGGCUAUCCAGAUUUGAUCGUCGGCGCUUGGGGGAUCAGCAAAGUUGUUGUAUACAGAUCACAGCCUGUUAUCAAAGCAAAAGCCAAACUCACUCUUUACCCUGAUGUUCUGAAUCCUGACACCAAGACCUGUAAACUGCCACAAUCCAACACUGCAGUCUCCUGUUUUAUCAUCAUGUCAUGUGUCGCUGUGUCCGGGCGGAGCAUUCCAAAACAGAUAGUCCUGAAUUCUGAACUCCAGCUAGACCGGAUAAAACGGAAAAGUAUGAGACGAACGCUCUUUCUGGACUCAAACCAGCCCAAAGACGUGUUCUCUCUCUUCAUCGACAGAGACAAGGGGUUUGCCUGCAAGAACUUUACUGCGUAUCUCCAGGAUAAAUCAGAGUUUAAAGACAAGCUGAGUCCUAUUAUCAUCAGCCUGAAUUACACCCUCAUUGAGUCAUCCCCGCAAAGGUCGAAGACUCCCUUGGCAGUGUUGCAUGGACAGAAGGCAACAGCCGUACAGACUCGGAUAAUUUUGGAUUGUGGCGCUGACAAUGUCUGCAUUCCAGAUCUGAAACUGUCUGCAUAUCUGGACAAGACCCAUCUGCUCAUAGGUAUUGAGAACCCAGUACUGCUGGUUGUCAAUGCAGAGAACCAGGGAGAGGGAGCCUAUGAGACGGAGCUCUGUGUCCGACCUCCCCCACAUACACACUUCCAGGGAGUUCUGAGGAACAGAGAGGGUUUCACAAUGCUGACCUGCACCAAGAAGAAGGAGAAUGACACUGUAGUUGUGAUCUGUGACUUGGGGAACCCAAUGAAACAGGGGUCCCAGCUAAAGGUGGGUCUCAACUUCAGUGUCAGCUAUUUAGAUGAGGUGGAAAGCAGUGUUUUGUUUGAACUGCAGGUUAAAAGUAAAAACAGCCACAACCCAGACAGCAAUGUGGCGAAUUUGAAGGUCAAUGUUAGUGCUGUGGCUUCGCUGGAAAUGCGUGGGGGCUCUUCUCCUGUUGAGUGUGUUCUACCAAUAGCGGAAUGGCAGCCAAAAUCAGACCUUAAAACAAUUGAGGACAUUGGUCCGCAGAUUGAACAUAUCUAUGAACUGCACAACAAAGGCCCAGGGACAGUGAAUGCCAGGAUAGAGGUGGACUUUCCCACCCGUCUCCAUGGAGAUAUCUUUCUGUAUGUCUUUAGCAAUGCUGUGGAGGAGAACUUGAAGUGUGAAACAGACUCGCCUGACAUCGAUCAUUACAAACUUGUGAAGUCUUCAGACACUGCUUUGAACCAAUCCAUAGCUUUCAACCCUCACAAUAUCAAUAAACGAGAAGUAGACGAACCAGAGCAACUGCACAAAGAACCAACUCACGUGAACUGCAGCCAUGCGGUAUGUGUGAGUUUCAGGUGUCGGGUGACUAACCUGGAGAGGGGCAAGAGUGCUGUCGUCAGGGUGAUGUCUCGACUCUGGGUCCAAAGCUUCAUGGCGAGGCCCUUUGAAGAUUUCAUUCUGCAGUCCAUGGCUUCUUACAGAGUGAUCAGCAUGCCAUACAAGAUCAAGCCUGAGGUGCUCCCAGGUGGAAGUGCAGAGACCCUUACUGAGAUUGUGUGGAUCUCUCCAGAUGGUGAAAAGGAAGUGCCUCUCUGGUGGAUUAUUGUGGCUAUUAUUGCAGGCCUCAUCCUGCUGUCUCUCCUCAUCUUCAUCUUGUGGAAGAUUGGGUUCUUUGAACGAACACGGCCUCCGAAUGACAGUAGUGAAGAACUCAAUCCGGAGGGGAAUUGAGAGUAUGGAGAGAUGCAGAGAUGCAGUUUACAACUGAAAAUUAAAGCACCCAUGGCCAAGCUUGUUCCCUUACACUUUUGAAUUUUAACUCCCCUACCUGUAUGAUCUUCAAUGGGAAUAUAGAGAUUCUAUACUAAUGACAACACACAUUAAGUCUAUAUACAUAUAUAUAUAUAUGUAUGUGUGUGUGUGUGUGUGUGUGUGUGUGUGUGUGUGUGUGUGUGUGUGUGUGUGUGUGUGUGUGUGUGUGUGUGUGUGUGUUGUGGUGAUGCUCCACAACAAUUAGGUAACUACUAGACUUUAUCUGCAAUACGAAUUUGUAAAAUUGAAGGUGGUUUUACCACCAGUUCAAAAUAAAUAACCUUUUUUUUAUUUUUUUUUUUAAUUCUCAUUAAAUAUAAGCUAGUUUAAAGCGUUGUUAGAAUUUUAUUAAAUAAUCCAGUAGGUUGAUAUGACUGCUAAUCUCUAGUGCAAAAUGGCAUUGUGAUUGUACUCGCAUAUUAGCAAAUAAAAACUAUGUAAUAAUCUUCAGAACUGAUAGAUAAUUAAAGAUGCAUUCUAAAUGAUAUUAAAAUAUUUUAAUCUGAAAUUAUACAAUAGUCACUUCCAUCACUAUUAUUUGUACUGUAUAUUGAUUGUUAAGACUUAGACUCCACUUUAUCUAACAGAUUUUCUAUUGACUUAUAAUAUUACAUCAUGUUCUAUCCUAUUUAGUCACUAUGCAGCUGGUCUUUGUGUACAACAAAAAUAAGGGUUUCCAAAGAGUGACUCUAACAUAUUUGAACAGGCAAAACAGUUGAUUGUACUUGCUAUUAAACCCCUGUGGUCACAAUUAGUUUAGAAUGGUAAGUGCUAAUUAAGCCACAAGAUAUUGUCAAUAGCCAUCAUCGCUGCAUGCUGGUUAGCAUUGAUAUUAAUCCUACUUCUAUUGUGUUGAUGGACUGAAGAAAGCCUGUGAGAAUUCAUUGUUUUCUAGAAUGACACAAUUGGGAGUCUUCUUACAUGUGUGUGAGAGACUGACCUGGAUAAACCGACAUUAUAUAUCUGCUUAUUGAGAAUAUUACCAAAGUACAGUAGUGCUUUUGAAAUAUUUCUACUGGUAACUGAAAUACACUCUCCAUAUUGAGCAAAUGGUAAAUUAUUUGCUGGUAUGCUGCAAGUGUUUAGGGUGAAUGUGAUGGUUUUGUAGUUGCAAGCAAUAUCAUGGACUAAUUAAUUAUACAGAAGAUUAAUGUCACAGCUUGUUAUUGGUUAAAACCCUUUAUCUUCUGUGCCGUGAGACACACUUUUGAAAAUGUUGUUGAUGUGGUGUGCUCAAGACAUUGGGACACAAACCUGCUUGUUUUGUUACAUUCCCCUUACUAUAUUAUGGUGUUUGCAAUCAUUCUAAAUGGUUUUGCUGCUUCAAAAUUGAAUUAUUACCAUUUUUCUCUAAAUCUGACAGACUUCUCUGGAGACUCCUCACUGCCAGGAGUGAACAGCCUUCCUCAUUCUAUUUAAAUCAUGUGACGGGUAAAGCAGACUGUGGCAGGGCAAAAGCCCUGCAUGUGUAAAUAAUGUAUUGUGUGUACAGUUUAAAAAAAUAUUGAAUGCAAGUGUGUACUAAAUAGGGCAGAUUUUUGCAAUUGUAAAUAAAGUUGAAAAGUUUUGAAUUUAAGUUUGGCAGGGAUGGGGUUAGGUCCAACUUUGGAAUGUGGCUGG